AUGGUAAACUGGCUCAGUCUCGCCGUGCCCCUCGCCUACCUAGGCAUACUAAUCGGCUCUCUCGCUACAUUUUCCUCGCUGUACCGCAAGCGCAAGGCCCAAAAGGCAGCCUCCUUGGAAGCAUGGUUCCCUGCUCACCUCCAGCGUGACAUUUACUUCUCCCUCAUGCACCUAGACCCCUCUUCGCAAAACGAGAAAAAGACCGUCGCGGUCCCCGAGUCCGUCCUGAAGGCUUCGCUGCUCCGCCGCGCAACCGAGGAUAUCCGCCGUGUCAUGGCGCUACGCGCUCAGAAACAGGCUCUUUCUACGCUCCUACAGCGCGGAAGCGUGGGUGACGACUUGUGGCAGCGCUUCCUGCGCGCGGAGAGGGAGAUGGAGGACGAGGUGCGCGAUGUUGUUUCCGAGGCCAAUGCCUACGUGCCGAACUGGGGCCAGACCAUUUUCCAGUCCGCCAACGAGAUGCUGAACAAUGAUAUCUACCGCACCCGUAUCGCCGAGCACCAGGAGAAACUCGCCGAGGAGCGCGAAUGGUGGGACAAGAAGAAGACUAGUGUCCGCGAGGGAUUCAUGAAGGAAUUGAAUGAGGAGGAGGCUUCCGGCUCUACUGCUGCGCGGCCUACCACGCCCUCCAAGCCUACAGAGUCAGCACCCGCUGCGGCGCCUGCACCUUCGGUGCAGGGCAGCGAUGAUGAUGCGGUCUUGGUCGAGGCGGUUCCAUCCGUAAAUAGUCCUGCUAGCCCAUCCACUGGAGGCGGCGCUGGGGGUGGGAAGAAGAAGAAGGGGAAGGGCAAGAAAUAG